GUUUGGGUCAGAUCGGCUCGUGUAGUAAAGCAGCGGUGAGACUUGGACUAGAGUUGGCCACACGGUCCCCCACGCGAAGGACACGAGAGCGGUACACUGCCAAACCCUGUGCGCUCUUCUUCCUCCUCCUCUUCUUGUGCCACAGUUUGGGUCUGCACUCGCCCCCUGCAUCCAUCACUUCACACGAGCUGUCAACGAGAUGGAAACUACAACCAUCACCACCACGCAGACUGCAUUCACCUUUGGACUUACAGAAAGACACGCCAGCCUCAGCCUGCACGCACCGGCACAGGAUUGCGCCGCCCCCGUCGUGCGCCACGACACCGGCGCUGCAGGCUACCAAAGCAAAACCAAGGUGCUGAAGAGACAGCGCUCCAGCUCCCCGGAGCUGCUCCGCUGCAAGCGACGCCUGAGCUUCAACGGCCUCGGCUACUCCAUCCCGCAGCAGCAGCCCGUGGCCGUGGCCCGGCGCAACGAAAGGGAGAGGAACCGGGUGAAACAGGUGAACAUGGGCUUCCAGACGCUGCGUCAGCAUGUGCCAAACGGCGCCGCCAAUAAGAAGAUGAGCAAAGUGGAGACGCUGAGGUCUGCGGUGGAGUACAUCAGGGCUUUACAGCAACUCCUGGACGAACAUGACGCGGUCUCGGCCGCUUUCCAGUGCGGGUUGCCAUCUCCAACACUUUCCAACAGCUACUCUGCAGACCCGGAGUCUCCGCACUCCACCUACUCGUCAGAUGAAGGCGGCUACGAGCCUCUGAGCUCCGAGGAGCAGGAGCUGUUGGACUUUACAACCUGGUUCGACAGGUACUGAGGCUGUGCGCGUCAAAGGCAGGCGGCGGCGCCUGUGCGUAAAAGCAGCUGACUUCUCCAAGAAAUGCUGACAAAGACUUGAUGAAGGCGUCGGAUCAGUCUCGCCCCGCGUCCUUGGACGUGAUGCAGUGCCUCCCUCCCUCACCCGGGGCUACCUCUGCUACCUCAGAGUGAGAGAUAGUAAGAGAGGGAGGGGGAGAGCGAGAGAUCGAGAGCCUGUUGUUGCAUUAAAAUCACCCUGAAGUCCCACAAGGAGGGAGCUGGAUUCACUGGAGGUGAAGAGAAGUGUUGAUGUUUGAAUAAGUGCAAUUAAAAGGUGACACAGCAGCAGCAGCAGCAGCAGCAGGCUCUGUUCUGUGGAGACGGUGCUGUGGCUCCACGUGAACUUGUUCUAUGAGUGUUUUCAUCAGAGCAGGACUGCCUUAUGUCUGUGGGAUGACACACAACAAAGAUGAAGCAUCGACAGACUUGUCUCUUGUUCGAGGUGUUUUCAUUCCCCAACCUUUUUCUUUUCAUAACAAACCUGUAUGAUACACUGACCUGUUUUAACAUGAAGACAUAUUUUUGUACUUUGAGAGUGAACAACAGUUACUGACACUUUCCCUGACAGUGUUUUAGACAAAGACAGUGAGUUUGGAGAGUUGGAUUUAAGUGACUGGAGGCUACUACCUGUGACAGACUAGUUUUUUGUUUGUUUGUUUUGUUUUUAGUUCAAAUAGCGAUAGGUGGUGAGGAGACCUUAAUUAAUGUAUGCACUUGUUCUCCAUUUCCAGUAGCCUAAAGUGUAAAUAAUUGAUUUUAACAGAUAUAUUUUUGUGUAAUACAAUUUUUAUAAAUA